AUGGACAAUCGUAAGUUGACGAUUGUAACUCUCAUUGCAGGAAUCGUGGCUUUCUUGGUAUGGUUUCGACGUCGAGCGAGAAAGCAUCUUCCACCUGGACCACCGGCGGAUCCGUUAAUUGGGCAUCUGCGUAUUAUACCUCAACAGAAGCAAGCAGAAGCAUUUCAUGAAUGGGCGAAAAUCUAUGGAGAUGUCAUGUUCUUGGAAGUUCCUGGCCGAAAAAUGGUCGUGCUGAACAGUGUCGAAUCUGCGCGAGCGCUGUUGGAUGACAAAGGAUCCAAUUACAGUUGCAGGCCGUGGUUCGUGGUAUGGGAAUUAAUGGGAUGGACAUCCUCAUUGACACUUUUACCACAUGGAAAGCAGUUUCUUAAGCAUAGAAAGAUGCUACAGACGUUUUUUGGGAAGAAGGAAAGCCUCGCGUUCAAUGAUAUUCUAGCCGAAGAAGCGCGAAUUCUCGUCAAAAGUCUCCUUGAAGCAGGAAAGGGCGACCUUCUAAAAUAUGUACAUCGACUCACUGUUUCCAACAUUAUACGAGUUGCGUGUGGACAUCAAGUGAAGUCCGAUGACGACCUGUUCAUGCAGCUCGCAGAAGUUUUCGCACAGGCUGCAUCAAACUCUGGACCUAUAGGGAAUACUACAGUUGACCUUCUCCCAUGGUUGCGACACUUUCCCUCGUGGUUCCCAGGUACUCACUACGCUACUAUGGCUCGGUCCUGGUACAAAGUCACUCGGAAGAUGUAUGAUAUCUCCGUCGAAGUCGUUGAGGCUGAGAUGAAAGAAAACAGGAUGAUCACCAGCUCGUUCGUCUCAGAGAAGCUGGAGGAGCUAGCCGACCACGUUAAUGAUCAACAAAAUGACGAUGCAGUCAGCCUCGAGGACAUUAAAAGUGCCGGAGCCACGAUAUUCGCUGCGGGUAAAGAGACGUCCUAUGAUACUCUUACGGGGUUCAUACUGGCAAUGGUGCUCAACCCCGAAAUCCAGCAGCGAGCAUAUGAAGAGAUUAUUGCUGUGGUUGGCCAAGAUCGUCUUCCCGACCUGAGUGACCGCGAAUCUCUUCCGUACUUGGAAUGUAUUCUGCACGAGAACCACCGGUGGCAUGUCGUCCUUCCCUUGGGUGUGCCCCAUCGUGCUCAGGAGGACGACAUUUUUAAUGGGAUGUUUAUCCCUAACAAUACCGUGGUGAUUCCGAAUCACCGGGCCAUGAGUAGAGAUGAGCGUGUAUAUUCCGACCCACUGAAGUUCGAUCCAUCACGGUAUCUUCCCGCACCUGAAGGAAAGGCUGAGCCUUGUUUUUCUGCUGCUUUUGGCUUCGGACGGCGAAUAUGUCCCGGGCGGCAUUUUGCUGACCUCGCCAUUUGGCAUGUGGUGGCGUGUCUUCUGGCGACUUUGGAGAUCCUUCCGCCAAAGGAUGCGAAGGGUAAUGUUGUCAUACCAGAGGUAAACAUUGUGGAAGGAUUUGGCAGUGCAGUUGCACCGUUCGAAUUUGAAGUCCGUGCUCGAUCUGAGAAGGCUAGAGCUCUAAUCGCAGAGAUUGAGAAGUAA